AUGAGUUGGUACAAUAGCACAAGGGGUGCCAUUGAGUACAACUGUGGUCAUUUGUGCACCUUUGAGGCUGCAGUAGCAUGCUAUUUUGCAACAAGAGAUCGUGUCCUGAAGUUCUUGGCACCUCUGGACAAGUCGCCGAGUUCUCAACAUCGUGGAUUCAAAUCAACCUCUAUAAUCAGUCCGAAGCCGAGAAUUGAAAAGCGGGACUUCACGAAUAUCAGCAGUGACCGCGUGGUGUGUACGUCUGGUGAUGUCAAUGGCGUUGAGGCAGGUGUAGUAGAGAGUGAUUCUUCGCCUGACUUGAGCGAGAGGCUACGUGCCGGAGCAACGGACAGAGACACAGAAGUGCUUCGGGGACUUCAGUCACCGGUACUUCCAAACAGGACAGGAUUCGAUCAUGAUUCGAGGGAGAAUGGUGAAGAUGAGAUCAAAGAUCAUUUAGGAACUCCAAAGAGCAAUGGCAUAGACGUCGUUCAACCUACAGGUAGCUUAGUAAACUCACAUUCCUGCAACUCCGAUGCCAACGCAUCUGAAGAAUUUGUUGGUCAAAUACUCACAACGACCGCUCUGAUCCAUCGUGAGGAUACACUCAAAGAAGGAGGUCUUUCAGCCGCAAGACACUUAGAUUCAAUUGAGGAAGGAAGGACAGAUCUUGUCGAUGGAUGUGUUCAGUCAAGCACUGUCCUUGCCAACCAGGAACGUGUUCAGGAGGUUGACCCUGUAGCGAGAAGUUCGGAGACUGAUACCACAAUGAAUAAUGGACAUUCUACCGCUGAGCUGGUGCGCAUCACCAGUAACCAGCUACCAACGGCAUUCAGUCACAGUCAAGAUGUACGGACUAGAAUAGAAAAUGGGAACAACAUCUCCCACAACAAUGACACCAUGUCGUCCUCGCUUGACAGUGCCUUUGUAACGUCAUCUCCUGUUGUAAAGGUGAAAACCACUGCAACGACAGUUAGCCUGAACAGGAACACACCUUCUGAAGUGAAAAUAAAGAGUGUUCAACAACCGACGGAAUCCUCGAAGCCAAAACUUUCCACAAAUGCAAUAGGAAUACAGACGAACCCUUCAGACUUAGAGCCGAGGAUAGAAAACGGAGGUUUGAAAAGAGAUGGUGGACCCCCAGCAGCAGUGGCUGCACCUACAACGGGUCAGACAAAGAUGGGUAAUGGUGGAAGUAUAGGUUCUACAGAUUUACCAGGAUUAACGCCAAGGGACAGGGACUCGAGCUCAAGCUCAAGUAGCGAUGAUCUUGAGUUUCCGGACAUGAACAGUUUAGAGAGUGCGCUUCAUGAAAACCCAAAGAACUUAGAUGUGCCAUCAGCCAAAAGACUUGCUAAGAGACUCUAUGAACUUGAUGGUUUUAAGAGAGAAGAUGUAUCCAUUCAUUUAAGUAAGAGGAACGAGUUCUGCAAGCUCGUUGCGCGGGAAUACCUGGGCAACUUUGACUUCACGGGGGACAGGCUGGAUGAGGCGCUGAGGGAGUUCCUUCGGUGCGUCACGGUGGUCGGGGAGACGCAGGAGCGAGAGAGGGUGCUGGCCCACUUCUCUCACCGUUUCUUCGACUGCAAUCCCGGCAUGGUGGAGUCUUCGGAUGCUGCGCAUACCCUGACGUGCGCCGUGAUGCUGCUGAACACGGACCUUCAUGGACAGAAUAUUGGAAAGAAGAUGUCCCUGAAUGCCUUUGUCACAAACCUGGACGGAAUGAACGACGGUUCGAGCUUUCCUCGCAGCGCCCUCAAAGCUCUGUACAAUGCCAUCAAGGCGCAGCCCCUGGAAUGGAUCGUGGACGAGGAGGAUGAUGGGAGCGACGGCUCGAGUACGGGUAAAGGGUCUAAGAAACCUUCCCGGAACGGAACUCUGAGUGGAAACCCAUUAGUUCAGACUAUAUCAAUAUAUUCAGACAAUAUCAAUACUGGCCACACAGAAACCUUAGGGCUACCAGUACACUACGCUAACAGAACAAGCGGUAAUGUCACAGCGAUGCCUAAUGUCACAACAACCCGUUAUUUUCAUCUUGGAUCAACGUCUGACAACACAAUCCGAAAGAUGUGA